ACUUCUGCUAUUGAGAUAAAACAUGUGCUUUUAUAGUUUUGAAUGAAUCAAGUUUACACCUUCACUGGUCCUGGGGGCCCCAGACCAAAAAAUAAAUCCUGGAUGAUAGAGCCCCAGCUUGAAGAUAAACAUUACACACGUGACAUGAUGGUGGCAGGUAGACGUCUAAGAGUCGAGCACCAGGCUACGAACGCAGACUACAAGGUAAAGAUAAAGGGCAUGCAUCUGGACAGAGGUCACCUAUUCCCAUGUUCGUAUGCUGAUGAUGAUACCAUGAGGUCCACUUUCACCCUGACAAACGCCGUUCCACAGGAAAGAGGCUUCAACCGAGGCAGAUGGAGUAAAAUUGAGUGCAAAGUCAGAGAAUAUCUUGUGAAGAACUGUAAGGAAGCUGAAGACCAGAUUAAAGCCUAUGUGGUGACUGGAGCAGUGCCCAGCAACAACAAACUGAACAAACGAGUGAACAUCCCGGAUCUUCUGUGGACAGCCUACUGCUGUAAAAACAAACUGGGAGAGUGGGUGGCCGGAGCAUACUGGGGGAAGAACGUAAAGGGGGAAACAGUGAAUUCAAAUACCUUGGGAGUUCUCGAAAAAGAAUUGACGAGUUUCUACAAGGACUUCAAGGUAUUCCCAUAUUAUUGCCCAAGAAAAGCUAUUCAAAGUGUAGAACAGGAUGAGACAGGGAGGAACAGAGAGAGAGUAUUAGAGGGUGGGGCGGGGCAAAAGAGGAGCGGGAAAGGGAGCAGAGAGAGGAGCAUGAAGAUGGCGAGAAGAACAGGGGAUGAGUUAAAGGAAUGUGAUGAGGAGGAUGGAUGUGAUUGUGACUGUGAUGAAAAAUGAUGAGUUUUGUCCAGUGGUAAUUCCCACAACUAUUGAGUACACAUCCCCUAAGUUAUAAGGGUUAUAAGUGUUAAGUAAUAAUGGUUAUAAGGGGUAAGUAAUAAGUGUUAUAAGCCAUGGUUAAAAUGGUUAUAAUAAGGGUUAUAAUGGUUAUAAUAAGGGUUAUAAUGGUUAUAAUAAGGGUUAUAAUGGUUAUAAUUAAACAAGUUUAAGGGUUAUAAACAUUAAAGACAAGCUCUGUUACUUUGGCGACUAAGAAAGUAUAUUUUAAACCUCCCACUUUGUGCUUGAUGUAUCAAUGUGUCGUUCAUACAUAUAGAAUCUAUGAGCAGAAUUACUGUUUCCCUACAUUUCACCCCCCCCUAGCAAAUUGAGUCUUAGCCAAUGAGCAUCAGCCCCUCACAUGUGAGUGAAAACUAGUUGUGGUGGCAGAAUUUGUGUUGAACUGUUGUAACUUCUCAAGGAACAUGUUCUGUGUUGGACUGUGAUGUCAUGCCUUUCAUAGAGUCCUGGUGUGUCUGGACCUUAAACACAAGGCCAUUGUGUUCUGGAACUGUUGCUGUUAUAAAUAACUGUAACAAUCUGAUGGUAUUAUCACCUCCCACUAUAUAAGGGACAUGGAACCAUUUACUCAGGGGGUUCUUCCCUGUGAAAUCACAAUCAUCUCCUCUGCAGCUGCUUGAUUAAAGAUCUUUCUAUUCAAUUAAAAA